ACACAAUUUGAUUACAGUGAACAAAACAAAACUGGCGAACCAACGUGAGUCUAACGAAGAAACGGGCAAUGGCCAAUACUAUUACAAUGCCGAAGAAAUAACAAGAAUCAUAAACGAGCCAGAAUAUUAUCCCCCGGGUUACAACUUCUCUACCACCGCGAUUUCGGCCAUGGUGUCCAUGCUGACUAAUGUUGUCUCCGGCGAGACCGCGGCUUCUGCCACGUGGACGACGGGUCACAAGAGAGAAAGUGAAGAGUUCUCUUUGCCUCCUCAACCAUUGCUUACCGGUUCAGCUGUAACAAAAGAAUGUGAAAGCUCAAAGUCCUUGGAGAGGCCAAAGAGAUAUAGAGGUGUAAGGCAACGACCAUGGGGAAAAUGGGCGGCGGAGAUUCGAGAUCCACACAAGGCGACGCGUGUAUGGCUCGGGACAUUCGAGACAGCCGAGGCUGCCGCAAGAGCUUAUGAUGCGGCAGCACUCCGCUUUAGAGGAAGCAAAGCAAAGCUUAAUUUCCCUGAAAAUGUAGGAACUCAGACGAUUCAAGGAGAUUCUCACUUCUUGCAAAACUCAAUGCAACCUCCUCUGACAUACAUCGAUCAAUGUCCAACUCUAUCAUCUUACUCUGGAUACAUGGAGCAACAACUACCAUUAGUAGGCAUGUUGCAGCCAACAGAAGAGGAAAGUCACUUUUUCACGCAACCAUGGACUGAAUAUGAUCAAUACAACUCUUAUGGUUAAUUAACAUGAUCCGUAUUUAUUCUUGUUCAAUCUGAGGUUUCAUCACUCCUAUUACAACUUCAAUCUGAUUCUUGCCUUCUUGGAUAUGUCUUCGAAAGUUGUGAAUAUACAUGCAUGGGUCUAUAUAUAAUUUGUGAUUAAAGUCUUGUAAUUAGC